UACGAAGGUAAAAUUUUUUCAGAAACAUCAGAGAAUUUUACGGAGGUAGGAGCAAAGUUCGAUCAACGCAAAUAGCGAGAUUUGAUUUAUCUGCGUGAGAUGCAGCGCGUUUCAAGUCACGAAGUAGGCGAACCUAACCUCCAUAACCUCGUCUUCGAGUCAGAAGCACUCUUUUAAAAAAAAAACCAAAAAAUAAAAUCUAGGCGUGUGAAAUUGCGUAUAACUCGCCGGAAUGGCAGUUGGCUCGACCAAGGUCGUCCAAGUGACGAAUAUUGCACCCCAAGCUACCAAGGAUCAAAUGCAGACACUCUUCGGUUACCUGGGUAAAAUCGAAGACAUCAGAUUAUAUCCGACGAUCAGAGACGUCGCCGUACCUGUGCAAUCCCGCAUAUGUUACAUCAAGUUCCAUGAUCAGGGUUGCGUGGCUGUGGCGCAACACAUGACCAAUACAGUUUUCAUCGAUCGUGCAUUGAUAGUAAUUCCCUACCAAAAUGGAGAUAUCCCAGACGAGCAACGUGCCCUUGAACUCACCAACAAUGGCACGGUUGUGCCAGGUCUCUAUCCAUCCGAACCGAAGCUACCGCCAAAUGUUGUGAACGCCAUCGAGGGUAUCCCACCAAAUCACGUGAUCACCACGAUGGAUCCCAAACUGGAGGCUAAUGGUCUACCGCCCUAUCCUCAUUUGCCAGGUCACUUGGAUAGCAGGCGUAUCGAAGAGAUCCGGCGGACGCUUGUGGUAGCAAAUCUGGAUUCUUUGGUGAGCCCUGAGCAGCUGCUGGACUUCUUCAGCAACAACAACGUCGAGAUCAAGUACCUGCGUAUGUGCAGCAGGGACUCGGACAGCGAGCAUUACGCAUUGGUGGAACUGUCGGAGCAGGCGGCAGUAGUCUCGGCGCUGCUGCUCAACGGAAAACAGCUGAUGGAGCGGCCGAUCAAGAUUUACCAUUCGACACAGGCGAUAGCUAAACCGGAAGCGAAGAGUAACGAAGCCGCGCAGAAGGAGAUCGAAGAGGCGAUGUCGCGAGUGAAGGAAGCCCACAAUCUCAUCUCCGCCGCGAUCGAUCCAAUGAUCGGCAUGCUGUCCAAAGACAAGCGCAGCAGAAGUGGCUCACGAAGUCGCAAAUCGCGCUCGCGGUCCCGCGGUCGCAGUCGUCGCUCAAGAUCACGCAAACGUUCGCGCUCGCGUCACCGACGCUCGCGCUCCCGUCACAGGCGCCGGUCUCGUUCACGCUCUAAACGUUCUCGAUCCAAGGAUCGCCGGCGCAACUCGGCGUCGCGACGACGCAGCAGUUCACGCAGCCGCCAUCGAUCGCGCAGCAGAUCACGGCGCUCAAGAUCACGCCGAUCGCCCUCGAGGUCAAAGGAGCGUAAGAAGAGAUCACCACGACGUCGUAGUCGCUCGCGCUCGCACAGUAAGCGCUCCAAAUCCAGAUCCAGACGUUCACGUUCCAAAUCCAAGUCUAGAUCAUCCAAAUCCAAGUAUUCGGACAAGUCCAAGGAUAAGGAGCGCGAGAGGCGUAGCAAAGACAAGUCGGACAAUGGUAAGAGGAGUGAUAGCGAUCGGGAGAGGCCUGAGAAGGAGAGCAGCAGAAGCGAAAAGAAGUCUAGCAAGGAGAAGAGGUCCAGUGACAAGUCUGAGUCGAAACAAUCGGAGGAGAAGGGCAGAUCCGCGUCGGAAAGCAACGACAAGGACAAGAUAACAGAAUCGGAGAGCUAGAGAAAGACAAUGGUCCCAUUUGCAUUCGAUCAUUUCGUUCAUUUCAAAAAAGCUACUUUCUUCGUCAUUACGUGUAUUGAUACAAGAUACAGAAAUACACGCAUUUAUAUACA